UACAGAAAAGAAGGAAAAAGAAUAUGGGUAGCCUUGAAGUGGAGAGAACAACAACAGGAUGGGCUGCAAGAGACUCCUCUGGAAUUCUCUCGCCCUACACCUACACUCUUAGGAACACUGGUCCGGAAGAUGUUUAUGUCAAAGUCCUAAGCUGUGGGAUUUGCCACUCUGAUCUUCACCAGGUCAAAAAUGACCUUGGCAUGUCAAACUAUCCAAUGGUUCCCGGGCAUGAGGUGGUUGGUGAGGUGUUGGAGGUGGGAUCAGAUGUGACCAAGUUCAGAGUAGGAGAUGUGGUUGGAGUUGGCCUCCUUGUGGGUUGCUGCAGAAGCUGCAACCCAUGCAAAACAGACAACGAGCAAUACUGCAACAAGAAAAUCUGGUCUUACAAUGACACUUAUUCCGAUGGCAAACCCACCCAAGGGGGUUUCGCUGGUGAACUGGUCGCUGAUCAAAAGUUUGUGGUGAAGAUACCGGACGGCAUGGCCUGGGAACAGGCUGCGCCGCUACUAUGCGCCGGCGUGACGGUGUACAGCCCACUGAAGCACUUUGGUCUAAAUGUGAGCGGAUUAAGAGGAGGAAUAUUAGGACUUGGGGGUGUAGGACACAUGGGGGUGAAGAUAGCAAAGGCCAUGGGGCACCAUGUGACUGUGAUAAGUUCUUCAGACAGGAAAAAAGAGGAGGCUUUGGAGCAUGUUGGGGCAGAUGAGUUCUUGGUCAGCUCAGAUGCCACUAAAAUGCAAGAGGCUGCAGACUCAUUGGAUUACAUCAUUGACACAGUGCCUGUUGUCCACCCACUAGAGCCCUACCUCUCUCUGUUGAGGCUUGAUGGAAAAUUAAUCUUGAUGGGUGUUAUUGGUGCCCCUUUACAAUUUGUCUCCCCCAUGGUCAUGCUUGGGAGGAAAUCAAUCACAGGGAGCUUUGUGGGAAGCAUGAAGGAAACAGAGGAGAUGCUUGAGUUUUGCAAAGAUAAAGGAUUGACAUCAAUGAUUGAAGUGGUUAAGAUGGAUUAUGUCAACACAGCCUUUGAGAGGUUGGAGAAGAAUGAUGUUAGGUACAGGUUCGUUGUGGAUGUGGCCGGCAGCAAUCUUAAUCCAUAGAGAGAUAAGAAGAAGAAAAAAAACCACAGAAUUCUGUUUUUUUAUACAGAGCUUUCUGUUUUAAUAAAGAAAGAAAAAAGCUGAAAUGGUGCUUUCAUUUCAUAUGAGUGGAUGUUUAUUUUCGUUUUGUUUUGUUUUUAAGUAUUUGGAUAGUGUGAUUGAGGUGAGGAGGGGCCAAUUUGAUUUGGUGUGGGAUGAUGACUGUGAAACAAGGAAAGAUACCAAACUUUAGGUGAGAA